AGUCGCCCCGCCAGACACGCAGAGGAAGGAACGCAUCAGCGUCACCACUCCCAGAGUAGAGUAGGAUUGUCCGGGCCAGGCCGGCACAACGAACUUGGCAAGGGAGCAGUAGGCUGUAGCUUAAGCUCUAGCGCGGCGCGAGCUCUUGCCGCCGGCGUAUCGGAAGCUGUUGAUGCGAGUGAGGGCGUCAUCUCCAUGGCUCUCAUGGCGGCGGCGGCGGCGAGGAUGGACGACCACGACGAGUACGCCAAGCUCGUCAGGGGGAUGAACCCGCCCAGGGUUGUGAUCGACAACGAUGCUUCCGACGACGCCACGGUGAUCAGGGUGGACAGCGUCAACAGCCACGGCACGCUGCUCGCCGUCGUCCAGGUCAUCGCCGACCUCAACCUCGUCAUCCGCAAGGCAUACUUCUCCUCCGACGGCAGCUGGUUCAUGGACGUGUUCAAUGUCACCGACCGUGACGGCAACAAGGUUGUUGACGCCUCAACCAUCUCAUACAUCCAGAAGACGCUGGAGUCUGACGACUGGUACUACCCGGAGGCGCGCAACAGCGUGGGCAUCGUGCCGUCGGAGGAGUACACCUCCAUCGAGCUCACCGGCACCGACCGCCCCGGCCUGCUCUCCGAGGUGUGCGCGGUGCUCGCCGCCAUGGGCUGCGCCGUCCAGAGCGCCGAGCUGUGGACGCACAACACGCGCGUCGCGGCCGUCGUGCACGUCACGGACGCCGAGGCCGGCGGCGCCAUCGAGGACGCCUGCCGCAUCGCCGGCAUCAGCGCGCGCCUCGGCAACCUGCUGCGCGGGCAGAGCGACGUGCGCGCCGGCGGCGGCGGCGCCGCGGGCGGCCUCGCGCAGCACAAGGAGCGGCGUCUGCACCAGAUGAUGUUCGACGACGACAGGGGAGGUCACGCCGCCGCGCCCGUCGCCGACGCCGACGCCGACGCCGACGCCGACGCCGACGCCACCACCGCCGCCGGCGGCCCGGCGCGGACGGAGGUGUCCGUGACGGCGUGCGCCGAGCGCGGGUACUCCGCCGUGGUGGUCCGGUGCCGGGACCGGCCCAAGCUUCUGUUCGACACCGUGUGCACCAUCACGGACAUGGAGUACGUGGUGCACCACGGCACUGUCAGCGCCGAGCCCGGCGGCGGCGCGUACCAGGAGUACUACAUCCGGCGCGUCGACGGGCACGCCGUCCGGUGCGAGGCCGAGCGGCGGCGGCUGGUGCGGUGCCUCGAGGCCGCCAUCGAGCGGCGCACCGCCGAGGGCCUGGAGCUGGAGGUGCGCACUGGGGACCGCGCCGGCCUGCUCUCCGACAUCACCCGCAUCUUCCGGGAGAACGGGCUCACCAUCCGCCGCGCCGAGAUCUCGUCCGCCGGCGGCGAGGCCGUGGACACGUUCUACCUGUCGGACACGCAGGGGCACCCCGUGGAGGCCAAGACGAUCGAGGCCAUCCGCGCGCAGAUCGGCGAGGCCACGCUGAGGGUCAAGAACAACCCCUUCGCCGCCGGGGACGACGCGGCAAGGAAGGACGCCGACGUCGCCGGCGCCGGCACGACGGCGUUCAUCUUCGGGAACCUGUUCAAGUUCUACCGGCCGUUCCAGGGCUUCAGCCUCGUCAAGCUCUACUCGUAAACCACUUCAGCUAGCCACAGGUUCUGUACAUAGAUUUUGGUUGAUUAUUGAUCCUUUAAAGAUCACUGUAAAUACGGUCAUGAUCGGUUAUGGGUGUAGAUGGAUUAAGGUUUACAAAGUAGAAAAAUUAGGGGAGGAAAAUAUUGAUUUAGCUCCCAAAAUAUUUGUAGCAGGUAGGAUAGGAAGGAAGCAGUGCAAAUGGUUUACUGUGUAUUACUGGGGUAUGCAACAGUCUCUGUACAUACUCUCAUCUUGUACAUAUGCUCAUCAUAUCAUACAUAUUCUUUCUGUUGGAGGAAGAAUACAAGAAGAUCGAAGAAGAAGGGGAAAAGGAUCUUGUGAAUGCAA